AAGUGAGGAGAUGGUGAGUGAAGGAGCAGCUUUUAUACAAAUUGUAUCCCAUAAUAUCCACACCAAUCUUUAGACAGUCUAACUAUCCUGUGGGCAAUCAGGGGUGGAAAUGUCCCUUAUGCUAUGUGAGAAGAUCCAGCUGAGAGAGAGGGAUUGCACUGUACUACACCAGACACUGCAGAUAGACCCUGACCAUCACCCAAGGAACAACCUCAAACUGUGGGAAGACAUCCAGUCCCUUCAAAGCAUGCUCAACACAGAGAAGGUUGGCCAGUGAAACCAUCAUCUGGAAAUUCGUAGGGUCUUGGAAGCUCUGCUAUGUUAUCAGAUCUGAAACUGGUCAGUGGUGUGGAACCAACCUUUCUGAAUGUUUGGGUGAUCGGUCAGGAUGAGGCUGGGAAGAAUUGUGAGUGGGCUCCAAAUGUGAUGAGAACUUCAAUCAUUCAUCGAGCCUUAUGAGCCUAAUUCCUAUUGGUGAGAGGCUGCUCAAGUGUGAGGUGUGUGAGGCGGGCUCCAGAAGUUUAGCAGAUAAGGUGUAUUUUGUUAGACAAACUAUUAACACAAACAGCUACAUGGAAGAGAAACCAUUCAAGUGUGAGGUUUGUGAUAAAUCUUUCAUGACCUCCACAAGGCUCCUGACACAUCAGAUGAUUCACACUGGGGACAAACCCUUCAGGUGUGAGGUUUGUGAGAAGGCUUUCACUCACUCCUCCCAUCUCCUGAGGCACCAGAGAAUUCAUACGGGGCAGAAACCAUUCACAUGUGAUGUGUGUGAAAAAUCAUUCUCAAUCUUAUCAAAUCUUCGUGUACACCAACGCACUCAUACUGGGGAGAAGCCAUUCUCAUGUGAGGUGUGUGACAAGUCAUUCUCAGACUCAUCGAGUCUCCGCAGACACCAACGGGUUCACACAGGGGAGAGACCAUUCGCUUGUGAGGUGUGUGACAAAUCUUUCUCAUCAUCAUCGCACCUCCAUGGACACCAACGCAUUCACACUGGGGAGAAGCCAUUCACAUGCGAGGUCUGUGACAAAUCAUUCUCAGAUUCAUCGAGUCUCCGCAGACACCAACGUAUCCACACAGGAGAGAAACCGUUCUUGUGUGACGUGUGUGAGACAUCAUUCUUGUAUUCAUCGAAUCUCCGUGUGCAUCAGCGUAUUCACACAGGUGAGAAACCAUUCCUGUGCAAGUUAUGUGAUAAAUCAUUCUCAACAUCGUCACUUCUCCGCAUACACCAUCGUGUUCAUACUGGGGAGAAACCAUUCAAGUGUGAGGUGUGUGACAAAUUAUUCUCAAGGUCUUCCAACCUUCUGGUUCAUCAGAGGCUCCACACAGGAGAAAAACCUUUCAAGUGUGAGGUGUGUGAGAAAUCAUUCUCAAGGUCAUCGCAUCUCCUGCUCCAUUGGAGAAUUCACACACAGGAAUAGCCCUUUAAAUGGGAGAUAUUUUUUAAAAAAACCUUCAUAAUACCUUUGAUCCUCCUGAAACCUCACAGGUUAACACUGGGGAAACUCUUCAGGUGUGAUACUUGUGAAAAGACUCACCCACUAUGCUAAUCUUCUAAAGUCUUCACACAAUUGAUGGUCCUCCUGGAAGUUCAGCAAACACAGGUAGACCUAGGCAAGUUCUUAUCAACUGCCAUCAGAGUUGGUUCUCAAUACAGUUUCACUGCGCAGGACAUUUAGUGGGACUGGGACACAGAACAAGAAGCAACUUUCACUCCCAUCAAACAACUAAAUGAUGACAUCACCAGUGCUGAGGGAUUAUAAUGUCAAUAAUGGAGUCACACUGCAGUGUGAUGUCAGUGAAACAGGACUUGGAGUGACCCGCAUGCAGUGAGUGUUUGUAUCCAGACAAAUUGAAUAACAGUGUGUACAGAUUGAGAAAGAUGGAUGGAAUAUUGUCUUUAGUAUUUCAACCAGUACCUGUUUAGAGAGAAACUAGGUGUCAAUUUUGACCACAAGCCAAUGACAUCUUGCGAAAAACAUUUCUAUUUAUUCCAAAUUAUUUGCAAAGGACAUCACUUAAUUUGCUGAGUUGUCACUUGGAAGUGAAGUACAAGCAAUGGAAACAGAUGGACGUCACUGACUUGCUGUCAAGAGCUGCACUCUGAAGGAAGUCUGUGCUGGUACAGUAUCUGAAAUUUUCUAGAUUCAACAAUAAGUAACAGCAUGACAUGCUCUGGAAAUCAUCAACUCAGCAGAGACAUUGAAUGUCACAGACAGACAUCUUGCUGAGAUCAACCAAAUUUCACAACAAGGUACAACCUUUCAGAUGUAAAAGGACAUUAUGAUGAAGGAAUGGACUGAAUUCAUCAAGGGCACUCUGUUAAUAUGAAAGCCCUUGGACAAGCAAGUAAUCACUCAAGGUGGUAUCUUAUGCAAAGGAAGCAGGUUAAUUAUUCCAAAAGAGAUGCUGAAGCACAUCCCACACAAACUAUUAAGGAAUCGAGUCCAGUCUGAGUAAGGUAAGAGCAGUGUUUUACUGGCCAAACAUGAGUAAUGAAAUGAAGGAUCACAUCAGCCAGUGCAGUGCUUGUAUUGAACAUUAAACUAAACAAGAUAAAGAGCUGCUCAUGAUUUGUGAUAUCCCAAACAGCCCACGGAUGACGCUUGGAGUAGACCUCUUCAUUCUUUAAGUUGCUAAUGAUACAAAGCUAGAUGGAAAGGUAAGCUGUUUAGAGGACAUAGAAAGGCUACUAAGAUACAUGGACAGAUUAAGUGAGUGGUCAAUACGAUUGUUGAUGACGUAUAAUGUGGGGAAGUGUGAGCUGUUCACUUUGAUCAUUAGAGGAGAGAAAGAGAAUAAUUUUCAAAAAGUAAGAAAAAUCAAAGUGUGGAUGUUCAAAGAAAAGUGUGUGCAGAAAAUUAGCAAGCGGGUAUAGUAAGCAAUUCGGAAGAUGAAUAGCGAGGGAUUGAAGAACAGCCAAAGAGAGGUGCUACUGCCAUUGUAUAGAGCUUUGCUGAGAUUACAUCUGGAGGACUCUGUGCAUUGUUGGUCUCCACGCUUAAGAAAGGAAAUAUUGUACUGGUGGCAUUAUAGUGAAGGUUUAACUUAGUCUCUUUGGGAUGAGAGGGAUGUACUGUGAUGAGUGGCUCAGUAAAUUAUAAUAAUAUUUAUUGAGGUUUAGAAUUAGAGACAAUUUCAUUGAAACAUACAAGGUUGUGAAAAGGCUUGAAUCAUGGACACUGAGAGUUUGCUUCCAUUGAUCAGGAAAUCUAGAAUUAUAGGAACACAGUCUCAGGAUAAGAGACCAGCUACAAUCCUGUUUUAAACAUGAAGAAGCUAUUUCUUAGGUUUAUAUUUGGACUAGUGCUGGAUCCACUGCUUUUUGUCAUUUAUAUAAACGAUUUGGAUAAAUACAGGUAUGGUUAGUAAGUUUGCACAUGACACCAAAAUUGGUGGUGUAGUUAUCUCAGAGUAUAACGGGACAUUGAUCUGAUGGACCAAUGGGCAGAAGAGUGGCAGAUGGAGUUUAAUUUAGAUAAAAGUGAGGUGUUGCAUUUUAAGUAAGGCAAAUCAGGAUAGGACUUAUACAGUUAAUAGUAGGGUCCUGGGGAAUGUUGCCAAACAAAGAGAUCGAGGGGUGCAGAAGCAUAGUUCCUUGAGGCACAUGGGAUAGUAACAAAGGCAUUUGACUGUCUUGCAAUAAUUGGUCAGUGCAUUUAGUUUAGGAGUUGGGAUGUCAUGUUGCAGCUGUACAGGACACUAU